AUGUAGGAAUCUUUACCAGAGAUAAGCACUUCUUCUAACUAAAUCGAGAGGGCCUCGUAUGCCUUCUUGCUCGGUUAGACCAAUGUAUGGUUUUAAGGCGAACAGUAAAGACCUUUCGCCUCCAAUUAAGCAGCUUAAAAGGACGAGAUCACCAACGAUAAAUUUGCUGCAGUCUCUCAAUCGUCUGCCUAUUCUCUCUCUGAUGACUCUGCCUCUACUGAUGAAGGGGCCCUCCAGAACAAUGAAUGCACUAAACUCACUCAGAUUCUGAAAUUGUAGGACGGAAUGUUCAAAUUCUAUGACAUUGACUCCAGAGUCGGUCUAAAUGGCUCAAGGAGUCUCUGGAGCUUCUCAUGUUUACAUGAUGAAGUCAACUCAAGAUUCUUUAUCUGGCUAGGCGAUCUUCCAAUCGAAAAAUUCACUAAAUCCACUUUCCUUAACCUCACCAACUUCGCUGAUAAGCUUAGUUGCAAGCAAGUCGUUCUCAUUAUGAACAGAGAUCAUUAACAAAAGAAUGAGUACUAAAGACUCUUAAGCGUCAUGGAUGCUCAGAGAGUAAGCAAAAGAGGCAUGGACCAAUUAUUAACUGCUGCCAGAAUCACAGAUUGGAUCUAGCUUUAUGCUCUCUACAGAAUCGAACUUCAGUGA